AUGCUUCACGAAGCCUACGUUCCUGCGUCGCCGUCUACCGAGGUCAGCGCGCUGUCCGCCGUGCGUUCUGCUGACGACCGCAAGGCGAUCCUCCUCGCAACCGCGCGAGUGACCAUCGCCGACCGCCAUGGAGACCCUCACCCUGUGCGAGCCUUCAUCGACCAAGGGUCUGAGGUCUCAAUUGUCGCCGAAUCUCUCGUGCAGCGCUUGCACCUGCAACGAUCUCGCUCCGCCGUGCCGAUUUUCGGAAUCGGGGGGUCGAAAUCCGGGUCAACCCGCGGGAAGGUGACGGUGAGCCUUACGUCCGUGACGACCGGAGCCACGAUUACCGCCGUCGCGUUCGUGCUGCCCCGUCUUUCUCUCUACCAAGGCUCGGCGACAAAGAGCCCCGCCACGUGGCCCCAUCUCAAAGGGCUGCCUCUAGCCGAUGCGCAGUUUUCGGCUGGAGACCCGGUCGAGCUACUUCUCGGAGCAGAGGUGUGCUCCACCAUCCUCGAAGAGGGCAUUCGAAAGGGCGGACCGCACGCUCCGAUCGCGCAGAAGACGGCCUUCGGAUGGAUUCUCUCCGGUGGCUGCGGUGCUUCAGCUCUCCACACGCGCGGCAGCUUCCAAGCGACGGCCGACCACGAGUUGGCCGAUCUCGUGCGCCGCUUCUGGGAGCAAGAAGCAGAGCCUUCCGCUCCCGCCGCCCUCACGCCUGACGAACAGAAGUGCGAGGACUUCUACGUGAAAACGCACUCCCGCACGGAGACGGGGAGGUACGUGGUCCGAUUGCCGUUCUCCAAGAAACCGACGAAGUUGUCGGAGACACGCCGACCGGCUGAACGCCUGCUCACCGCAAUGGAGCGGAAAUGCGAGAAGGACCCCCGGUUCGGCGAGCUCUACCGCCAGUUCAUGCGGGAAUACGAGGAGCUGAAACAUAUGGAGUUAGCUUCCGAUUCUCCAGACUACAAGAUCAUGACCGAGUGCUACCUACCUCACCAUGGUGUGCUCCGAGAAUCGAGCACCUCCACCAAGCUCCGGGUGGUAUUCAACGGGUCGCAGCUGACGACGUCCGGCGAGUCGCUGAACCAACACCUCCUCGUGGGCGCCAACCUGCUGCCCGCUCUAGCCGAUGUACUGAUGCGCUGGCGGUGGCACCGCUACGCCUUCGUCACAGACAUCGAAAAGAUGUACCGGCAGAUCCUCAUCCACCCGGACGACAGGAAAUACCAGUGCAUACUCUGGCGUUGCACCCUCCGCGCUCUCGUGUGCGUGUUCUGGCUCCUGACGGUGACGUACGGUCUCGCAUGCGCGCCCUUCUUGGCCAUUCGAACGCUGAAACAGCUGGCCCACGACGAACAAUCGCGAUAUCCGCAGGGAGCAAUCACAUUGCGCGAGGACACUUACGUGGACGACGUUGUCUCGGGCGCGAACACUUUAUCACGCGCGAUCGCGAAACAAACCGAGCUCCGCGGGCUGUGCACGGCGGGCGGGUUCCCGCUUCGAAAGUGGGCCGCGAACGACGAGGAAGUGCUGUCGGGAAUUCCUCCCGAGCACCGACUUCGCCACGAACCGCACUCGUGGGAAAGCGAAAGUUUUUCCACUCUCGGACUGUUGUGGCACCCGACCGAAGACACAUUCGCGUUCGCGAUUCAUCCGCGCACUGUCACGUCGUUCACAAAAAGACGCGUUCUCUCGGAAACCGCACGUCUCUUCGAUCCUCUGGGAUGGCUGGCUCCCGUUGUGAUUCGCGCGAAAAUUUUGAUUCAGUCCGCGUGGUUACAGCGACUGGAUUGGGACGAUCCACUUCCCUCCACCGACGCGGACUGCUGGAGGCUCUUCCUCGAGGAACUGCCUCUCCUAUCUCAACUGCGCGUGAACCGCUGGCUUGGCAGCGGAGACGAGAACGCGCUGGUUGAGCUGCACGGCUUUGCCGACGCGUCCGAGCGAGGAUACGCCGCGGCCGUGUAUCUCCGCAUCACUCGAGGCGGCUCCGUGGCACUCCACUUGCUGGCCGCGAAAAACAAGGUGGCACCGGUCAAGCUG